CCAAUCCACAGACACACCCCCAAAGAGUAAGAUCUAAAAUCCAAACCAAACCAAACCCUAGCAGAAAUUCGCAAUUCUUUGAACGCGGAAGCGAUUUGGGGUUGGCAAAUAUGGCUUCGACCUUCAGUGGGGAUGAAACUGCUCCAUUCUUCGGCUUCCUUGGCGCCGCUGCCGCCCUCGUCUUCUCCUGUAUGGGUGCAGCUUAUGGAACAGCAAAGAGUGGUGUAGGUGUGGCGUCGAUGGGUGUGAUGAGGCCAGAGCUGGUUAUGAAGUCAAUUGUGCCAGUGGUCAUGGCUGGUGUGUUGGGUAUUUACGGUUUGAUUAUUGCUGUAAUUAUCAGCACUGGCAUUAAUCCUAAAGCCAAGUCUUACUACCUUUUUGAUGGUUAUGCCCAUCUCUCUUCUGGCCUUGCCUGUGGCCUUGCUGGGCUUGCUGCCGGGAUGGCUAUUGGUAUUGUUGGAGAUGCUGGUGUUAGGGCUAAUGCACAGCAACCAAAACUAUUUGUUGGAAUGAUCCUUAUUCUCAUUUUCGCUGAAGCUUUGGCGCUCUACGGUCUUAUUGUUGGAAUUAUUUUGUCUUCACGAGCUGGCCAGUCCAGAGCUGACUAGGAAACAAUCCGUUUGUUAAGUUUCAUCAGAAUAUGUAGUGUCUCGGAGUUGGGACAGACAUCAAUUGUGGCAGGUUUGAUUCACCAUGUUGUACUACGAUUAUUCUUCACUGUUGGAAGUUAUCUCUGUUUAUUGUUUACCUUCACACUAGAUCCUGGUACCUUGAUGCUAUUUGUAGAAUCAGAUUCUUUUCACCUAAAUAAGAGCUGAUAGAGCUAUAUAUAUGUUGGGUGUUACUCGAUUUUGUGUAUCUUGGAGUUGUGAAAAAUGUAAAAGCCUCUGGCAUCAAAUCAAUGUACUUCAUUCUCAGCUUCACCAUUUCAUCAUUUUGCAGUGAAAUUGCUUGUAGGAGAGUAGCCAUGGCAUUGAUGUUGUGAUGCCAAAUUUAGGAACUCUUGUGAUCAUAGCAUGGAGAAUGUGUUGGCUCCUUUGAAAUUGAAAGCUUUGGGUAUUUUU